AUGUCGCGACUGGAUGUGAUUUUGGUCCUGGUCAUUUUCCAGCAAGUGAUUGCCAGUGACUUUUCCGGCAUGAGUUCGGAGUUCAAGCAGUGUGUGCGUGGAUCGCAGAAGCCGAAGCUAAGUGAAUGUGUGGGACGGUCCGCCCUGAACUUCAUCCAGAGGUUGGAUGAAAGCGAUAACAUCAGAUUCGUGGACGAUUUGGUGACAGUGAAAAGUGAAACACCCGCAGUUAGAUCUCUGGCAAAUGUUCUGGAUACAGAUCCGGUGGACUUUCGCGGGAUCCUGGAGAACGCUGGUGCCGUGAUGGGUCAACGAAGUCUCGAGUGGCACAUGGAUGGCCUUUAUCCUGGUCUAAUGUUCAAAAUUGGUCCCACUGCGGACGCGAACAGUGUGGCUGAGUUCGUCCUUGAAGGAGCGGGGCAGGGGGAGCGCCAAUUUGGAUACGAGGAACCCACAACAGGUCGUCUUCUGGCCAAGCAAUAUUUACUGCCCUUUCUUUUGGGCCUCAAGUUUAAUCUGGUUGCUCUUGUUCCCCUGCUAUUUGCUGGUAUUUGUCUGCUUCUCAAAAAGUCUCUGUUUUUGGUCAAGUUGGCGAUAUAUGUGAGCAGCUUUUUGGGCCUGGGUGGAAUCAUGGGCUCACUGGGCGGAUUGGGAGGUCUUGGUGGUUUGGGUGGUGGUUUUGGAGGCGGUAGUUUUAGCAACUUUGGCUCCAAUUUUGGUUUCGGUGGCGGCUUUCACGGCCACCGACCAGUGGGCCAUUUUCCUGGAAAAACCACGGUAUUUGGACAGGGCCAGGAUGAGCUGCACCACCAGUAUGAUGUGCAUGAGACAUCGCCCUACCGUCGCAGUGAGCGGAAGGUGAGAUUCGAGCAGCCACGAGGAGCAGAAACGCCGGUACAGGCACCACCAUCCAACCCCAAACCAACCACCCAAGACCGCUUCUACGACUUUGAGAACCAGCGCAGGCCCAGUAACAAACUAUUGGCAGCCAGUGUGCAGCAGGAGGGAGAGCUUCUGCUGAGAAACUUCCAGGAUACCCAAGGAGUGCAGGGAUGGCAGGCGUUGGACGUGAGAUCGCUAUAG